CAUUCCAGUGUAUUGAUUAACACUAGCUCAGGACCACACCUACUAGUGAUGGGUGGAUAUGGUACUAAUGAUAUUUGGAUAUUUGAUAUUAACAAUAAAUCAUGGAAGGAACUGUUUAAUAUAUCAAAGAAUGUCACUGAUAGACAGUAUCAUUCUCUCUCAGUUUGGAGUGUGACUGCAACCACUAACUGGAUAAUUGUGUUUGGAGGAAAGAGAGGCUAUUUUAAUGUAACAGUCUUAAGUGAUCCAGCAGUUAUUGAAUUCAGAUAUACUAGUAAUAAUGAUUGGUCUACUAGUAUAAUACCUCUGGACCAGUAUCAAGAGAAACUACAAGAAAGGAGAAGAGAAUGGAAAGCAUCUCAACCUGUUCAACCUGAGGAUAGAAGAGAAGACCGUCUGAGACGUGUACUACAAAAAAGGAAAAGGGAACUACAGGAGGAGAGAAGAGAAAAGGAAGAAGUUAGAAACAGACUACAGCAACAACUUCAAGGAAAAGAACGACAACUUCAACAAGCACAGCAACAAAGACAAGAAAGAAAGAGGGAAAUUCAACAGGCCAGGGAAAAAGAGAGGCAGGCCAGAGAACGAGAGCAGGAUCUUCAACAACAGCUUCAAGAAAAGGAGAGGCAACUUCAACAAGCACAGCAAGAAAGAGAGAGGGAAAUUCAACAGGCCAGAAAACGAGACCAGAAUCUUCAACGACAGCUUCAAGAAAAGGAGAGGCAACUUCAACAAGCACAGCAACAAGGGCAAGAAAGGGAGAAGGAAAUUCAAGAGGGCAGAGAACGAGAACAGGAUCUUCAGAGGCAAUUUCAACAAGCACAGCAGCAACUUCGAUCAAGAGAGAGAGAGUCUCAAGAAAGAGAGCAACAGCUUCAAGGAAAGGAGAGACAACUUCAGCAAGUACAGCAAGAAAGAGAGAGGGAAAUUCUACUGGCCAGAGAACAAGAGCAGGAUUUACAGAGGCAACUUAGGGAAUCUCAAGAAAGAGAGCGACAGCUUCAAAGGCAAGUAGAAGAAGGUGGCCAGCAAAGAGAACAGGAUCUUCAACGACAGCUUCAAGAAAGAGAGCAACAGCUUGAGGAAAGAGAGAGAGAGUUCCAAGAAAGAGAGAGACAACUUGAAGAGCAGAUACAAGUGGCAGAGUCUUCCUGGGUAGUGAAUAGAAGAGAGAUUACAAUGACAGAGGUAGUCCUUGGUAAAGGAGGAUGGGGAGAGGUCAAAGUGGUUCAUUUUCGUGGUCUGAAAGUUGCUGCAAAGUGUCUCUACGAAGUCAUCAUCUCUCCUUAUAACAUUGGGACAUUCUCUCGGGAAAUGAAUAUUGCUUCUAAAAUACGUCAUCCUAACCUCCUUCAGUUCAUAGGAGCGACUACAGAGGGUAAUGCAAUCAUCCUGACAGAGCUAAUGCCGACGAGCCUAAGAAUGGAAUUAGAGAGUGGAGGAGUGGCCUAUCCUGCGAUACUGAGCAUCAGUUUAGAUGUAGCCUGUGCUCUCAAUUACCUUCAUCUCUUCAAGCCUCAUCCUAUACUACAUAGAGAUGUCAGCAGUGCUAAUGUACUCCUUCAACCAAUGGGAGGGUAUGGUUAUUGUUGGAAGGCUAAAGUAUCUGAUUAUGGUACAGUUAGUCUCCAGCCUCUUGCUAAAACAAGCAAUCCUGGUAAUCCUGUCUAUUCAGCUCCAGAAUCUCCCUACCCAAAUCAACAUUCUCCUGCAAUGGAUGUCUUCAGU